AAGAGAGAAUAAAUGCAGAGGAUGAGUAAUGUCUCCAUUCCUGUCGUACUGAUUUAAUAUGCACGAUAUAACAUAAUUGGCGACGAGGAUUUAACAACCCAUGUGCUACCGGCUUGCCCUUCAUCUGUGCCGUCGAUUGCUGCAUAUCAUCCUCUACGAUGAGUAUUUCGGGGCUACAACCGCCACCCCCGUUCCUGUCAUCACCUGGAGACCCAGUCAUCCCAUGGGAGCAAUGGAUUCAAGCGUUCAGGAACUACAUGGUGGCGUCGGGCGCCUCCGACCUACCUGCCGUGCGUCGGAAGGCGAUUCUGCUCAACUGCUUGGGCUUGGAAGGCCAACGCAUCUUCCAGACCCUCACGUCGGAGGACGACCCGCGCUUUUUGGCUUCGAGCGCCACCGGAGGGCCGUUGACGACUCCUGCCCCAGAUGAGUUCGACUGCGCUGUUGCGACACUUGAAAGUCACUACAAGAGCUCUGUCAAUGUCACCGCAGCGCGUCACCGUUUCCGUCGACGUGCACAAGCCCCAGGUGAGACUGCGCUCGAUUACGUCACCGCGCUACGAGGUCUCGUAGCAGCGUGCAACUUCGGUGACUUGGCGGACGACAUGAUGCGCGACCAGCUUAUAGAAAAAACUACUAGCGAAUACUUGCGUGAACGUCUUUUACUGGAAGAGUCUCUUACGCUUUCCCGGGCCCUCACCAUUGCGAGACAGCAUGAUCAGGCGACUAGAGAAGCGAGAGAACUUGCACGACAUGAAGCACAAGUGCAUCACGUUAAAAACACAAACACUUCAAAUAUGAGAGAAAAGCACUGUGGCACGUGCACAUGCUAUACGACGCCUACUGAAAGUCGUCGAGCUCUGAAAGAGCAAGAAUGUUAUCGUUGUGGUUCUUUGGACCAUCUGGCGAAUAGCCCUCACUGCAAAGCUAAGACACUUAAGUGUUGCAGAUGUGGAAAGACUGGCCAUCUGGAAAAGUUGUGCAAGUCUUCCCGAAAGUCUGAAAAGAAAAUUCAGCAUGUCACGGAAGGCGACGCAGAUACAGCUGACACGGACGAUCACAUAAGUGUUUGUCACAUCUGGAGUCGUAAGAAGGGAAUUUAUGCAGUUUUGGAAAUUGAAGGAAUUUCCGUGUCGUUCCUGAUUGACACUGGAUCAUCAGUUUCAAUCCUAGCCGAAGAGCUUUACCGACGCCAUUUCGAUACUGUAUUUCCCCUGACAUCAACGUCCGUCCAGCUCCUCGAUUAUUCUAAGUCAGCAAUUCCUAUAAAAGGAUGUUUCAUUGCUCCAGUUUCAUUUCAUGGCCGAUGCACUUCUGUCCUUCUGUACGUUGUGUCGGGAGGGCACACGCAACAAGCUUCAGCUAAUUUGCCAAGAUGCGAAGAACGCGUGAGGAGAAGCGCCCGCAACAAGAAGACACCAAAGAAGCUGCACGACUACAUCAGGAAGUAA